AUGACCUCCACGCCCCCCUCUCCGCCCCGCUCGGCCACCGGUGCUUCGUCGACUCCAUCUACUACCCAGGGACCAACCGUGAAGCCCUCUGCUCCGGCUGUCGCUAUCCUCCCUUCACAAAUCGCGCGGACCUAUGCUCUCAUCCACCCGAUCCUUCUCCUCGGAGUUUUCGCGGCUCGAUUCCAAGACUUAGUUGCCGACCCGGUGGGCGAGCUUCUCAAUGACCUGCUACCCUUGGCCCUUCUGCAGGUCGCAUAUGUGAUGGUCUGUCUGCCGCCGGCUGGCUCGGUCCUUUCAUCGACCUCCAAGGCAGCUGCCGGCAGCGAGGCUAGCUCUCCCACCGGAGAAGGGGAUGAGAAGAAGCGACUCGGCGCUGGUCCUGGUCUUGGUGCCGGAUCAGCCGCGAGGGCCGGUAAGCUUGGGUGGGAUUUCGGCCAACCUGCCCUUUUAUCCCUCACCCUUACUUUCCUUCUAGCCACCCCCGUCCUGGCCAUCUUGCUCGUCCUCUUCGGUGCCCCCCUGACCACUCAUAACUUCGAGACCGUCCUCUGCGCAGGCCACAUGGCUGUUCUCUCCGCCACAGCCCUCAUCUACGUCCACGGUGUCGACGGUUCCGUCUGGAAGGAGAUCUGGGGUGUCUCUAGACCCGCCGAUGCGGUCUGGGGUGGUGCGCUUGGAGCCGGGUUCGGUGCUUGGUUCGGUGCUGUUCCUAUUCCUCUGGAUUGGGACCGUCCGUGGCAAGCAUUUCCUAUUACCAUCAUCACGGGUGCGUAUAUUGGGCACGCUAUUGGCACGCUCCUCUGCCGUACGCCUUGCGUGUUUGGCAAGCGUAUCAGGUUUGCUCCCGAAGAAGUGGAGGAGCAUAAGAAAUCGGAGUGAUUGUUCCUCCGUUAAAUUGGUACUAUCGUGCUAUAUUACUUACCUUUAAUGUGGAUAUAUUUUGCAUUUAGUCUAUUUCUAUAGAAAGAAUUUUUGGGGAUAACUAGCUGUCAGCAGUCGAUAAUAUUAAUAAAUAAGCAUUUUAAUCCAUCUUGAAUAAAGAUUCCACAAAUCCAGUUCAAGAUUCCAGUCUUCAAUUCUAAUAUAGCAGCCCGUGCAAAAUAUAUACAAGCAAAUGCGAAUGCAAAAAAAAUAGAUAAAUGGCAUGACACGCUCGGAACAGAGGGUAUACAUCUUCUGGUCAGCCUGCUCACUCAAAAACAACCAAAAUCCAAAUCCAAAUGUUCGAAUGGUAGAGCUCUUAUUCACAAAAAUAUGUAUAUGUCCAAUCUUGAAAACUGCAAAAUAAAAUUAACAACAAAGUAGAUCGCUAAUUGCUU